AUUUCGAGAAGGUGAUACAGAAUUGAAAAAGGUUUCAGACAAAAGUUAUGUGACUUCGAGGGGAAUAUAAGAUGGUAUCAAUCACACAUCGGUUUGACUUUGGAUGACAUUGUCAAGAUCACUUUGAAUAGUUUUUAAACGGAAUCCUCCAUUUUUUAUCGCAUAUUCUCAUAAUUAAUUACACAUUCGUAGCUUACCUCGAGAGCUUUUCAAAACACUAUAAUAAAAUAUUCUUUCAUUAAGUACUUUUCAAGUUAGAAUGCUUAAAAGUUGCAUUACCCAAGGUGUCCGACCGACGCGACGGCUAAAACCUCUUAAAUAUUGAUCAUGACUCACUUACUAUUUUGUUGAGCAAUCUAAUCAUUAUUAUCACUUUAUUUUCAUUUAUCAGCUGUGAUGAUCGUUAGUAGGGCAGGAAUUAAGAAAUUUACGCGGACGGAUCUUCCACCCCUCUUUUAUAAAGAUUAAGCUUGUUGUUUAUCUAGAAUGAAGACGUUAUCCCAGAAUGAAGACGUUGCCCAUCGAGCCUAGCGCGCGUGUGACGCCUAUUUUAAUGCCGCGCUACUGUGAGUCGUGCGUUCCUAUAAAAAGCGGCGGCGAUUAUAUCGACAUUUAAACGAUAAGGAAUCUACCCAGCGUAGAGCCGUACCUACGUAACGACUGAACCCGAUAAAAUACGAUAAUCUUCGAUGUCAUAAAACGUGUCUGCGACGAUUAUUAAUCGUCAUUAAAAAAAAAAAAGAAAGAAAUGUCGGCGACACAGGUAAGAGAUGGUGACUCGCAAAUUCAUCAGAUCGUUCGUUCGGGGAAGUUUCAGAGAGGCGAGGGUUGCGUCGAGUCUGUCCACCGAACAUUGUCAACCUGCGGCGCAGCGGUAUCAAAGAGCGUAACGUCGCGACGACGACGACGACGACCUCCACGGCGAAUAUCAGGGGGAGCCCAGCGAUGAAGCAGGAACCGGAAGACGAGGAAGACUGUUAUCUCGACGAAUCAAGCAUGCCGGCUGCGUCAACGACACCGCCACCGCCGCCGACGACAUUGCCGCCGACGUCGUCCUCGUCAUCAUCGUCUGGCCGGCACGGAAGCGUCACGCACCGCGUGCGCUCCCACGCGCGUAGCUUACGUGCCAUGGCGAAUCCCAGUGCGGUCUGGGCACACUUCGAUCUAUGCACUAACGAUCCAUUGCGCGCCCAGUGCCGCAUCUGCGGGGCGGUCGUCGUUAGAGGCGGCGCAAAUCCGCGCCAGUGUGGCACGACAAAUUUGCACCGGCAUCUCAGGGUACAUCACGGAGGCAGACUGAUCGGCAGACGUUAUCAUGUUUUACAGUCAACGUCCCAAGGCAGUACAAGUACGAAAGCAAUAAGGAUCGCAACGCAAUCCUUAGUGAGACCUCACAUUCGUAACAUCGCACCAGCGCCGCUACCUCAGCAACAGCAGUCACAGCAGCAGCAGCAACAACGGCAACCAAAGACUCUCGUAUUAAAAACUAUUCCGUUGAAAGUGAAACAAGUUGCACCUACAACUAUCAAAAUGCCAUCGCGACAAACUAAUCAAGGAUCCCACAAUGUCGUGCAUCAGCAACCUACAGAAGUUUGUCUAAGGUGGAACAGUUACCAUAGUAAUAUGCAGAAUAGCUUCCCGUCGUUACUGGACACAGAACAGUUCGUCGAUGUGACCCUGGCAUGUGAAGGGCGGUCUCUGAAAUGUCAUAAAAUGAUUUUAUCUUCCUGCAGCGACUACUUGGCAGACUUAUUACGGGAGAAUCCGUGUCAACAUCCUAUUAUUCUAAUGAAGGAUUUGAAAUUUUGGGAGGUGGAGGCAUUAGUUAAAUUCAUGUACCGUGGGGAAGUCAACGUCGCUCACGAUAAAUUACCGCAACUAUUGAAUGCCGCCGAAGCGUUACAGGUGAAAGGAUUAGCCGGUCCGAGUCCCUCAUCUCAAAACACAAAAUCACCGUUACUUAUACCUCAAACGAAGCCAUUGUCGUCUCAACAUGUAGUUCCUAGAGGUACCACCGAAUCCAAAGAGAAUAAAACAUCACCUUCAAGGGUGUCUAUGUCUUCUAGUCCUAAGCGCGCGCAAAAGCGACAACAGUCCGAAUCUGUAGAGUCAAGACCUUUUACCAAAAUACGUCUGCAGCGACCCAUCACGCCAACGUCUCCAUGCGCGACUGUAAAACUGGAGCCUUUAGAUAUACCUCUUAGCCCGACGGAGAUAUUCUCAGAGAAUAACGAAGUCACAGCUUCCUCAGACUUUGAAAAACUUAUGAGUUUACACGAGGAAGACGAUCCAGGUGGCGAGGAAAUUAACGACGGAGACGAGAGACUACAUUUUUGUGAACUGCCAGCUCCGCCAGAUUUAAACGAUAAUGAAGAUCAAAUGGAGUUUGUACCUACAGAUUUUCUAGAGCAACAGCAAGACAUUGUCGAAGAACCAGAAUUAAGUUGUAAUAAAGAUAAUAAUAAAAAAGAGUCUCUUGAUUAUGCUUCCGCUGACGUUGGCGAGGACAACGAAAUCGAGCAUAAUGAGAAACAGCCCUUGAGAGAAAAGAAAGUGACAUAGUAAAAUAAGAUAUAGAGAUAUCUUAAAAUCUAUGUAAUAAUUGGAUUAUACUACAAAUUUCAAUGAAAACUAGUGUAAGAAUAUCUGCAAUUUGUUUUUUUAAAACUCAAGCGAAAAAAUGCAUUAUAACGACAAACUGAAUCAGAGUCAUUAUAUAAGAAUCAAGAACCAAAAUAAAACAGAUUGUUAUUUUUGGAAUCUAUUAAGAAUACUUUAGAAAAUUUAUCUUUAAUUUCGCUGUUGUAAUCAUGAGAUCUCUAAUCGAAGAUUAAAUCUUAUUAUGUAGAGUUUGGAGAAUUUCAAAGAAGGUACAAUACAUUAGAUAUUUCCGCUAGUCGAACGCGUAUUUUUUCUCGCAAUGUGUAUAUUUAUUUAAAUAUCUACAUGUAUUAACUUCGUAUAUAUACAAAUGAUACAAGCGUCUGCUAUAGAUUGCGCAUUUAUUUUUAAAAGAGUAAUAUAGUGUCCGCUUAUAACGAAUUUGAUUGUCUUGUCAGCGGACGUGGAUUUUAUGUUGUGAAAAAUUUGAAUUUUUAAACUCUAGACUUGUGUUGUAUAACUUAUCUUGUCUAAUGAAAAUAAUAAUGUAUUAUGUAUCGAUUCGUUGCGAAUUGUAAUUAUUUAUAUAUUGGAUAUAUGCCGAAUAAAUUGUCAUUGACGAUACUCGCAUUGUACGCGACUGAAUUAUAGAUGUAAAUUGUAAUGAAUGAUGAUACGUCUCACAAAUAAACGGCUAUUGCAACAUGCA